AUGUCGGCUAUUGAAAUCCUUUCCACCCUGGACGUCCUCAUCAAGUUGGGGUCAGAAAUCAAGACCCGACUCGACUCGAUACCCCGAGCUGCCGAAGAUCUUCAACUGCUGGACACUGAGCUUAGACUUUUUGUGACCAUGUUUCAGAACCCCGCGAACAAGAACAUCCCUCUUAUGUCAGAAUUUGUGAUUAUCCCGCAUGUCCUGGAAAGUAUUGCAGAUUUGUGUACAAAAUGCGCAAAGGCCCUGGACAUCGACCUUGCUGCUGGCGCGACAAUUGCGAAUAAGACAGGGCCAUAUGGCAAGAGAUUUGUCAAGCGAAUAUGGGCUUUCUACAAGAUUCCUGGCCUUCUCGCCGAAAUUCAGCGCAAGGCUGAUCAACUUCACAAGAUAUACAUCACAAUUUCUGCUGCAAUCCUCCACAACAUGACGACGCAACAGGGACAGACGAGCGUCGCGCAAACAACUAUACAUGAAAACUUGCUCCACCUGGACCUCAGCACGGGUUCUGCUAACAUCGACCAGAUGGUGGGAAGCCUCAUAAAGGAAUGCAAACGGCUUCGGCAACGACUCCAGGAGGCUAUUCUAUUUCCUGACACGUCGGCUGUUCAAGACUAUCAAGCGCAGAAUCCAGAAGGAGCAUCAUUUUGGAAGGAUCGGUUCCAAAAAGACGAACUCAACGCCUCGGCUCUUCGUUAUGAGUCGUUUUAUGUUUCUUGGGCACGAUUCGUACAUGAGGUAGAAACAUCUUUUGUUCUCAAGAGGAUACCGACUGGAAUUUUUGAAACUGGAAACAUCGAUCUCGUUCGCGAGCAAGGAUCUCGCUAUUGCAUUGAUCAAAACGGCACACGUCGCCUUUCCACUAUCCGGCCUCUGUGGCUCCCGGCUCUUCGGUCUGCUCUCGAUCCGAUGCACAAAGGUUACGUCAAGCCUCGAGACUAUUUCAGUCUUCUUCACGACUCCUCCUUGUCUGAUACCCUUAGAAGAUUGACCCUCCAAAAUGCCGGCUACGGUGUACUUGUCGAAUGCGAAAGGGCACCUGGGGAUCUUCCCUUGCCCGCGGCAAUUGAGUCCCCUUCUGAUCAUGUCGGUUGGAUAUCUGCCCAAAUCGUGGCCGUUCCGAGACCUGAUGAACUUGGAAUCUUUUCCGAACGAGAGGUCAUGGAAUCAAGCGGCGACGCCCUCUUCGCUCACUUCAAUGAUAUUACUCAAGACGUAAAGGUUUACGUUCGUUACCUUCAGACUGGUCAAAUCGAGCGUAAGAGUCUCUUGAAGCAAGUUCGUCCGAUUGGGGGCAUUUCUGUUGGCGCUAUAUUGUCUAUCCGGCAUGAGCUGGAAUCGGGUGAUCAUGCCUGGAGCUGCGACCUUCACAUCACCGAGUUCAAGGCAUUUUACGGGGGGGAGUAUAUUAUCACGGUCGAUGGAGGUGCAAAUGCUAUUGUAUUUUCCACGAGGCCACUCAAGAAUUCCUUCGACAAAAUGUUAGGCGACGACAAUAACUCUUCAAGUUCUACUAUACCAGAGUUUGAUUGUACGCUUCUGGGGCCGUCGAAGGUAUUCAUCCACCCACCGAAAGUUGGCGAAAAGAUUCAGGUCGAGUACGACGGAUUUUGGUACGAUUCGAGAGUUACGGUAGUGGACGGCGAUGAGAUAGAGUACAUUGAUUGGGACAGUUUACCGAAGCAAGUCCCGACCAAUAUUACAGAAGCUCAAGGCGAUAGCGAACGGGAUGAGAAUGAUGGCGGUAGCUUUGCCUUUUCCGAAGAGCAGUUGAGACAACUCGGCAAGGGCACGCGGCGGCUGUGGCGACCGUGGCGAAGAAACAUUAGAAGGUACGAUGUCCGACCUUAUCGUUGCUUUCAUAUCGGCGACUCUGUCGAGGCACCCAUCAUGUACCCGGAUUUCCGAUUACAUUACCAUGUUACCGACAACUCGCAACUCUACCUCCCUGCUCGAAUUGUUGACGUCCAGGGUGACCAGUAUGUGGUCGAAUUCAGUCCGGCGCUUUCGGCUCAUGAGUGGUGGCCAGGGAGGAUUCCCAAGGGUACACAAAUAGAUCUAGUGCCAGGAUCAGGUGUUACGGUAGAAAACCCGUUAGACUUUAAUCGCGUGAUGUUACACAUGGAUCGGGUUCGCCCCUUUUCUGCGGGCCCACGACCGGUUUUGGGCAUUCAGUCAGCGAAGCCGUCUGGGUGGAGUUCAUUUCAGGGCGUUCAUCUUAGCAAUCUUGAGGAUCUUUUGGAGCGGAGUCUUUGGAGCAGCGGCCACGAUAGUCCACGAACGGGCGGCCAGAGGGAUUGGAGAGCGUCCGAGGAUGAGAAAUAA